AUGGACGCGAGCGCGGUGAAGAAGAUGAAGGUUCAGGAACUUCGGGACGAGCUGGAGAAACGUGGGUUGGACACCGCGGGGUUGAAGAACCAGUUGGUCGAACGCUUGGAGGAAGCGCUGGGUGGUGGCGAUGGUGACGGCGACGCGGAGGAGGAGCUGGAGGACGUCCCGGACGUGGAGGUGUCCGCGGCGGACGCGGCCACGCUUAAAGAGCUCGAGAAGAAGGACGAUGAGACGAAGGGAGCGGAAAGGAAUGGGUCUGAAAAGAAGAAGGAACUUCCGAAGCCGAAGCCGACGAAGGAGGAGAUCGAAAAGGCGAAGGCGGAGCGCAGAGCCGCGGCGGAGAAGGCUGAAGCCGAGCGUAAAGCCGCGGCGGAGAGGGCGAAGAAGGAAGCGGACGAGGCGUUCGUUAAGGAUUUGGAGCGUAGAAAGGAGCGCGCGGAGAAGUUCAAACUUCCGUUUGCGCUGAGCGAACAAGAAAAGGCGCGGAUUCGUAACGUCGGCGCCGAGGAGAAGUUUGGAUUGGACAAAGCCGCGGACGCGUCCGUCAAGCCGGCGGAGAAGACCGCGGAACAAAAGGCUAAGGAAAAGGCUGAUUUCGAGGCCAAGCUCAAGGCACGCGCCGAGCGCUUCGGUGACGCCCUCAAGCCGCUCCCGAAGCCGACUCCGAUGUUUACGAACUCUAAGCGUCCGGGCGACUCAAUCCCACAGCCUGUGGCGAAAAAGUAA